CAGCCCGCGGCGUGGGUACAGACUCUUACGAGUUGUUUCAUCGUUCCGAAACUCAAUCGUCGUUUGCGACGCCGCCGACGAAUAUCAGAGCCUUGUCUGUGCCGUGCGAACUCUUCACGAACCGUCAAAGGCGCUGUGAAGAGUGAAGACGUUUCUUCGCCAAAUCAGCGGAAAGUUUCGUCCGGCCACCCCGACAUACAAGAUCCAACCAUGCCUGCUCAAUUUCCGGACAGUAGCACUCCGAUCAUCGGAGAGCCGGCACCGGCCGUGGAGCCAGAGGCACCGCAUCGUGUGCAGUUGGCGUCACUGGCCGAUGAUGUCGUCAUCAGCGGCAUCAGCGGCAAGUUUCCCGAGUCGGAGAACAUGCAGGAGUUUGCCGACAACCUGUUCGGCGGCGUGGACAUGGUGACUGAUGACGGACGCCGCUUCACGCCUGGCGUGUUUGGCCUGCCGAAGCGGUCCGGAAAGCUGAAGGACCUGGCUUCGUUCGACGCCUCGUUCUUCGGUGUGUCGCCGAAGCAGGCUCAUAAGAUGGACCCUCAGCUGCGUCUGCUACUGGAGCUCACUCAUGAGGCAAUUGUGGAUGCUGGUAUCAGUCCGCAGUCGCUGCGCGGCUCCCGCACGGGCGUCUUUAUCGGUGUGUCGCAGAGUGAGACGGACACCAAGGUCUCCGAGGAUCCGGACCUCAUCAACGGCUACGGCCUGACCGGCACCAACAGGGCCAUGUUCGCCAACCGCGUCAGCUACACCUUCAACUUUAACGGGCCGAGCUAUGCGAUGGACACCGCUUGUUCGUCGUCUCUACUGGCUCUCAACAAUGCUCUACUCUGCAUGCGCACUGGUCAGUGCGAUGCCGCCAUCGUCGGCGGUGUGAACCUGUGUCUGAGACCCGAGUCUUCUCUCCACUUCGCUCGGCUCAACAUGCUCUCAGCUGAGGGAAAGUGCAAGGCGUUUGAUGCCACUGGCUCUGGCUACGUCCGUUCCGAGGCGGCCGUAGCCGUGCUCCUGCAGCGCUCCCAGAACGCUCGCCGAGUGUACGCCACCCUGGUACACAGCAAGGCCAACACGGACGGGUUUAAGGAUCAGGGCAUCACCUAUCCGUCGACUCAGUUGCAGCGCCAGCUGCUCCAGGAGGUGUACUCUGAGGCCGGAGUUCACCCCAGUCAGGUCGCCUACGUGGAGGCACACGGGACCGGCACCAAGGUCGGUGACCCGGUCGAAGUGGGCGCCAUCACGGACGCCCUCUGUAAGGACCGCACCACCCCUCUGCUGCUCGGAUCCGUCAAAUCCAACAUGGGACACUCCGAGCCCGCAUCAGGUCUGUGCUCGGUGGCUAAGGUGCUGAUUGCUAUGGAGACUGGCGUCAUCCCGGGUAACCUCCACUUCAGUCAGCCCAACCCGGACAUUGACGCCCUGCACGAUGGACGCAUUCAGGUGGUGUCUUCCAACACACCCUGGUCGGGCGGCUACGUGGGUAUCAACUCCUUCGGCUUCGGCGGAGCGAACGUCCACGUCAUCCUGCGCUCGGAGGGAGCCCGGCGGCCGGGUCCGCUCCCGGUGGACAGCCCCGCGCCGCCGGCGAGACUGACCGUGGCCUCUGGGCGCACCGAGGAAGCGGUGGAGCGUAUGCUCUCCCCCCUGAGCGGUUCGUCCGAUGACCCCGAGCUGUGGGCCCUGACGAUGGCCGGACACCAGCAGGCCAGUCCUGGACACGGAUACCGCGGAUACACUGUGUCCGGGUCCGGAACCGUGCAGACUCAGAAGUGCUCCGCCGACCGCCCACCCCUGUGGCUGGUGUGCUCCGGUAUGGGCUCCCAGUGGCCGGGAAUGGGUCGGGAACUCAUGGUGUUCCCCGCCUUCAGCGCCGCUUUCGCCAGGUGUGCCGAGGCGGUGCGUCCGCACGGUAUCAGCCUGCUGGAGCUGCUGCACUCUGACGACGAGACGGCCUUCCAGCGCACAACAAACGCCUUCGUGCUGAUCGCUACCAUCCAGGUCUGUCUGAUCGACCUGCUCCGCUCUCUGGAGCUCCAAAUCGACGGCCUGGUCGGCCACUCGGUGGGAGAACUCGGCUGUGCCUACGCCGAUGGGUCGUUCUCGGCGGAACAGGCCGUGCUGGCCGCCUACUGGAGAGGCGUGUGCAUCACAGAGGCCAACCUGCCGCCAGGAGCCAUGGCUGCCGUCGGUCUGAGCUGGUCGGAGGCGCGUCGCCGCUGCCCGCCCGGUGUGGUGCCCGCCUGCCAGAACGCCGCCGAUUCCGUCACAGUAUCCGGACCCAGUGACGCAGUGGCGGCGUUUGUGGCGCAGCUGCAGUCGGAGGAAGUGUUUGCCAGGAUGGUGAACUCGUCAGGGGUGGCGUUCCACUCGAGGUACAUCGCCGAGGCGGCACCCAGACUGCGAGAGGCGCUGGAGAAGAUUAUCCCGUGCCCCCGGCCUCGCUCAUCCCGUUGGGUGAGCUCCUCCAUCCCGGAGGAGUCGUGGUCUCUGCCGCUGGCGCAGACCUCCUCGGCUGCCUACCACGUCAACAACCUCGUCAACCCGGUGCUGUUCCAGGACGCUCUCCGGCACGUGCCCGAGGGAGCCGUCGUGCUGGAGGUGGCGCCCCACUGCCUGCUGCAGGCCAUUCUCAAACGAUCCCUGCCCAGCUCGUGUACCAUUCUCGGACUGAACAAACGGACGGCAUCUAACAACGUGGAGUUCUUCCUGCGCAGCGUUGGAGCGAUGUACUCGGCCGGCCUGGCCCCAUCUGUCACCUCUCUGUACCCGUCUGUACCGCUGCCAGUACGCCGCGGUACACCACAGAUCUCCCACCGUGUUGGCUGGGACCAUGGAGUCGCCUGGGACGUGGCCGACUUCAGCGAGCGUUCCGGGUCGGCCGGUGACCUGGUGGUGACCUGUGACAUCAGCUCCGAGGUGGACAGCUACCUGGCCGGUCAUACCAUCGACGGACGGUGUCUCCACCCGGCCACUGGAUAUCUGGUGCUGGUAUGGCGGGCGCUGGCCAAGAGUCUGGGUCAGCAGAUGGAGGAGACUCCAGUGGAGUUCAGGGACGUCUCGCUGAAGAGGGCCACCAUCCUCACUCCCGACAACCGUGUGCGUCUCACCGUAUCUCUCCUGGACGGCUCGGGACGGUUUGAGAUCUGUGAGGGAGACGCCCCAGUGGUGGAGGGGUAUGUGAGGAGGCUGGACUCGCCGCUGGGACCGACCCACCAGCUGGUCACCGACAUGGGCGCUCAGAGGACCAAGGGAGAGGAGUCAGUGACUCUGAAGACCCGGGACGUAUACAAGGAACUCCGUCUGAGGGGAUAUGAGUACACCGGUCUCUUCCAGGGCAUCACGGAGGCGCAGCCGAAAGAGGGUCUGGGCCUGCUGCGCUGGCACGGCAGCUGGGUGUCGUUCCUGGACACGAUGCUGCAGUUCUCCAUUCUGGGCCGGGACCAGCGGGUGCUCGGUCUGCCCACCCGGCUACAGAGGAUGGCCAUCGACCCGCGCAAACACCUCGACAGUGUGACAGAGGGCGCCGACAUACCGGUGACCUACGACCGCUCCCUGGAGGCCGUCUGCUGCCCGGCCGUGGAGAUCUGCGGACUGAAGUCCUCGCUCACCUCCCGUCGGCACGCGCAGGCCGCUCCGCUGGUGGAGACCUAUCAGUUCGUCCCACACUUUGACAAGACGGAGAGCGCCACCCUCUCCCGUGACGCGGUGCUCGGUGUUCUGGCCGACCUGGUCCUGGAGAACACCACGGGCAGUCGUCUGAAGGUGUCGCAGAUCGGAGAUGCGGCUGGUAGUGGUGACGGCCCGGCUGGACAGGUGCUGAGGACGGUGUCCGAUCGGCUUACCGGUCAGCCACUCAUUCAGGUGGAGUCCACUCUAGUCACCGCCUCUGAGACUGCCGUGGAGCCGCCCCUCCAGCAGGUCACCUGGGACGGUGUGAAGCCGCUGCCCCUCUCCGGACAGGACUUGGUGGUCGUCUCCGGCGAGACGAACGUUACCUCGGAGGAGACGAUCCACAAGGCCGUCGCGGCCAUUCGCGAGUCUGGCUUCCUGCUCACCCAACAUUCGCUACCGACCUCCGUCAACCUCACCCUGGUGGCCCACAAGCGCUGCAGCGAGGGCGGCGAGUUCCUCCUGUACCGUCGUCCCGCCGCGGGUCAGACUGGAGCCCAGAACUGGCUGGAGCUCAGUGUGGGCUCUCAGUUUGACUGGUUGACGGAGCUUCAGAAGCAUAUGGCAGAGGGAGCUGCCAACGCCGAUAACAGACUGUACCUGACGGCCACUGAGCACAACUCUGGUAUCCUGGGCCUGGCCAACUGUCUGAGACGGGAACCGGGCGGAAACACCGUCAGGGCGGUCUACUCUCCCGACGAGCCCCUCUCCUCCUCCGACCGCUCUCUCGCCUCCAACCUGGAUCUAGCCGUGAUCUGUCGACGGGACGGCCACUGGGGCACCUAUAGACACCUCGUGGCACCGCCCAGCCCACCUCAGGCGACGGAGUUUGCAUUCAUCAACACAGCUCAGAGAGGAGAUCUGUCCAGUCUGGGAUGGGUGCAGAGCGACGACGUGCAUGCUGAUCCGUCUCAGCUGUGUGAUGUGUACUACGCGCCUCUCAACUUCCGAGACAUUAUGCUGGCCACGGGAAAACUCUCGGUCGACGCGCUGCCAGGCGAUCUGGCAACUCAGGAGUGCGUGCUCGGCCUGGAGUUCUCCGGCCGUGACCGGUCCGGCCGCCGUGUGAUGGGACUGGUCCCCGCCCGCGGUCUGGCCACUACUGUGUCAGCCGACCCCGAGUUCCUGUGGCCUGUGCCGGACUCGUGGACUCUGGAAGAGGCUGCCUCGGUUCCUGUCGUGUAUGCCACGGCGUACUAUUCUCUUGUGGUGCGAGGCAGGCUGCAGAAGGGACAGAGUGUGCUGAUUCACUCAGGCUCCGGAGGCGUGGGUCAGGCGGCCAUUGCGAUCGCCCUCAGCCUCGACUGCACCGUCUUCACCACGGUCGGCUCGGCGGCAAAGAAACAGUUCCUGCUGGACAACUUCCCGGGGCUUCGUGAGGACCACAUCCUCAACUCGCGUGACCUGACCUUCGAGCCGGCCGUGCGUCGCCUGACCGCCGGCCGUGGGGUGGAUCUGGUGCUAAACUCGCUCAGUGAUGAUAAACUGCAGGCCUCAGUCCGCUGCCUAGCCCAGCAUGGAACCUUCCUGGAGAUCGGGAAGUUCGACCUCAGUCAGAACAGCCCGCUCGGCAUGGCCGUGUUCCUGCAAAACGUCACCUUCCACGGUAUUCUUCUGGACGCACUGUUCGGGAACGGCGCCCCGGCCGCCAAACGCGAGGUGACCCGCCUGGUGUCGGAGGGACUGAAGAGCGGCGUGGUGCGGCCUCUGCCCCGGGCCGUGUUCCCGAGGGAUCAGAUCGAGCAGGCUUUCAGGUUCAUGGCCGGCGGCCGGCACGUGGGCAAGGUCGUGCUCCAGCUUCGCUCCAAGGAGGAUGCUUCCACCUCCCCUCUGACAGUGCCUGCAGCCCACCGCUGCUACCCCGCGCCCGACUCCGUACAUGUCAUCACUGGAGGACUGGGAGGAUUCGGACUCGAGCUGGCCGAGUGGCUGGUGAGCCGCGGCGCCCGUCACCUGGUGCUGAGCUCCCGCUCCGGAGUCAGAGACGGAUACCAGGCGUCCCGAGUCAGCUCCUGGAGAAACAGGGGUGUGUCUGUUCAGAUCUGCUGUGACGACGUCACCACCGCGGAGGGAGCCGAGAGUCUGCUGAAGAAGGCGGCCGCCGUCGGUCCCAUCGGGGGAGUGUUCAACUUGGCCAUGGUGCUCCGUGACGGCCUGUUGGACGGCCAGACGGUGGACACGUUUCGCCAGGUGGCCGCUCCGAAGGCCGACGGCACUGUUCAUAUGGAUAGGGCCGCCCGGCGACUUGGCUGCCAGUGGUUCGUGGUGUUUUCGUCGGUGAGCUGCGGACGCGGUAACGCCGGACAGACCAACUACGGGUACGCCAACUCCGUCAUGGAACGCGUCGUCGAGAAACGCAACGCCGACGGACUGCACGGUCUGGCGGUCCAGUGGGGCGCCAUCGGUGACGUGGGUGUGGUCCAGGACACCAUGGGAGGAAACGACACUGUGGUGGGCGGCACGCUGCCACAGAGACUCUACUCGUGUCUGCAGGUGCUCGACAGGGUUCUGGACACGAGCGGUGUGGUAAGCAGCGUGGUUCUGGCCGAUAAGAAGACCAGCACGGCCGGCCGGACCAGUCUGGUCAGCACCGUGGCCAACAUUCUCGGUCUGCGCGACGCCAGCAAGCUCAACCCCGAUGCCUCUCUGGCCGACCUCGGCCUCGACUCUUUGAUGGGUGUCGAGGUGAAACAAACCCUAGAACGCGAGUUUGGCCUCACUCUGGAAUCCACCGCCGUGCGUCAGCUCACCUUCGCUAAACUGGCUGAAAUCGAACAGGGAGGGGCAGCUGAUGGGGCCGCACAGACACCGGCUACUCAGACUGAAGGGAAGACGGAGGGGCAGAAGACAGCGGCGGUUAAUGAUGCUGCCGCGGAGACGAGUCAACUGCAGAACGCGCUCUUCGUGUUUGAGCGUCAAGCGGACGGUCGGUACAGCGCCACCAGUCUCCGUCCCACCGAGCUUCUAGUGCCUCUGAACGCGACUGCUACAGCAAAGGGAGUCGCAGGCGCCGAGAAACUUCUGUUUGUGGUGCAUCCGAUCGAGGGAUCGGUCACACCGCUGAAGGAGGCAGUCAGCCAGAUCUCUGCGGGUACGGCCGUCUUUGGACUGCAGUGCACCAGUGAGGCGCCCUGUGAUGACAUCACCAAUCUGGCCGCCCACUACCUGAAGGUUAUCACCGCCCAGGUGGGCUCUGGCCGCCGGUUCGCGCUGGCCGGAUACUCGUUCGGCUCAGCCGUGGUGUUUGAGAUGUCCCUACAGAUGCAAAAACAGAAGGUACCGCCGCCGACCGCUGUCAUACUGCUGGAUGGCUCCCCGAGCUACGUCUCCCAGAUAACAUCCAGCUACCUGAGGAAGUACGGCAGGUCCUCCGCCCCGAACACACAGGGAGCGGGAGAGGCGGACGCUCUCUGUAUGGUGGCUGUGUCGCUCAUCAACACUGACUUUAUCCAGCUGCGUCGGGAGCUGAUCGCCCUGCCAUCUACCGAGCAGAAAGUGAAGCACACCGUGACGCGGUUGGCGGAGUCAGGACUGUUCAUUGAGCCAGAACAACUGCAGCCGACCGUUCAGGGUAUGCUGGCGAGGAUCAUGGCCGGUCACACGUACCGUCCGUCGGUACCGCUGGAGAGCUCAGUUACACUGAUCAAGGCACGGCACAACGACAGGGCCGCCUCACUGGGAGAGGACUACCAGCUCAGUCAGUUCUGCUCCGGUGACGUCACCGUUCAUGACGUAACCGGCGAUCACGUGACGUUCCUGCGGGGUGAAUCGGCCUCGCGAGUGGCGGAGCUCGUGUCCAGUGCUACCGCUAUCUAAGGAGGACGGUCGAAAGCUUGGCUGCAGCGAGAGAGGGUAGCUCGUGUCCUGCUCCACUGUCAUAAGAGGAUAGUGACUGUCUGUCACUCAGGGCAGCUGACAUCUGUUGUGUGACAGCUGCAGCCGACAUGUUAUCUUUUGACACUUGCUAACAAUUUGUUGCAACUGCAUGGCAAUAGCAGACAGUUAAGUUGUGGUCAGGCAGAAGCUGACGGUCCAUAUGUCAGUAGCUAACAUCUGUCACUGCCAAAUGACUGCCACUCUGCCUUUCGCGAACAUUUCGACCGUGUCCCCGCGUUUUAUCCAUAUUAUUCCAAAAGCUUGUUCCUCCAUGACAGCGCAGUUACUGUAGUGAGGGCGAAUUUAUUUAUGCCUGGUACGCACAUUUUUGCGGGGUAAUUUGUUAUGUUGAACAGUUGCUGUGAUAGACUGAGGGAGAUAUGGUAAAUGUUCCAGGGAUCAAAGUGCGUGUGAGUGAGGAGGAACUGACUACGGAUGAACCAAGUUGACAUAUCAGGGUAGUUAAGUUAAGCUGCCACUGCUAACACCAAAGGACGAGAAUAACACGGGAAUGGGGGCUGACACGAGGAAUAGAUGUCAAUGAGGGACUACACACUAGGUGACGUAGGUGACACGUGAGGUGAUGUGAAUGUGGGGUCAUAUUGUGAUGUGAUGAGGGAUGGAACCAUGAGUGAUGCACUCACUAAUACUGAUGACAUGUUACUCAUGUUACUGAUGAGUGAUGGGAUCAGAUUAUGCGAUUGCUGGGACAAUAUGACGUCAACAACCAACUAUGUGACGUGAAAGUGGGAUAAGCUAACAUCAUAUGCACAGGGAAUGUGAACUAUGGGACUGUAUGAUGUCAAUAAUGUAUCGGUGAGAUGAUUUCAGAGAAACUAGUUGACCGGGAAUGAUGUGCCCGGUGACGUAACUAGCGUACCGUCUAAUGUCAAAGGACUAAGUCACAUCUGGGGGACCAGGAAACCAUCGCGAAGGACCACGAGGCGUCAGCAAGAGAGAUCAAGUGAGCAUCACGAGGGAAGCGGAGGGAUCAUGUUGACGGUUCAAGUUAUCUCUGAAUGUGUCGAUAGAUGGGAAUGUGUCGAUGGUUGGAGCAGUGUGCCUCUGAGCAUUGUCAGAGAAUGAUUGCCAUGUCUGAGGCUGAGGGAAUGACUAAUGAUUGUAAAGUGUCAACUAUGGCGGGGUCGAAGUUUAGAUAUGUUGAAGGCUAUGUGCCGCGUGGCAUUGGCGAUAAAGGGCGGGGGUUUAUAUAUUUAGGCAGCUGGUUACCUACAUAAAUGAACGGUAGGAGGUCCAAUACUGGAGCCAUUUGACGGCACUAGCUUUGCAUUUCAGGUCACUUCGCUAGCAUUCCGCUACAUUCUACUAAAACCAGUGUAACGUGCAAGCAAGUUACCGUCGAGAGUCUCAAAUCCAUGACACUUUAGUUUAUAUACUUAUUACACGGGAAUUCACUGCACUGUGUUAGACAUGGUCGCAGGUUGAUGGGUUAUUGAGGGGAUGAUAAUCCACAUUUGAGGGAGGGUAUGCACGAUCGAAGGGAUGAAAAAGUAUGUCCACUCGCUGUGUUGUGAAGUUUGUGCGCUCAAAUAUAUUUAAUCGGCUGCA